AUGCCUCCGUUCUCACGUCUUAUCCGCUUUCUUUCCAAAGACGGGCGAGUCUACUACGGCGAGCCCUUCCUCCCCCCUGCCACCACCGACAUCUCCUGCGCCACCUCCGCCCGCCUCAUCACCGGCGACAUCUUCACCUCCCCAACCCUCACAACCCGCAUCCUCCCCAUCUCCCGCCUCCUCUCCCCGCUCUCCCCUACGGACGUCAAAUCCAUUCGUUGCCUCGGCCUUAACUAUGCCAAGCACGCCACAGAGGCAAACAUGCCCAUCCCCAGAUAUCCAAUCCUCUUCUAUAAGCCCCCCGCCUCCCUCGCAGGGCCGGGAGAUGACAUACCAGUCCCUAUUAUGGCACAGGAGUGUCCCGGGAUAGAUUAUGAGUGCGAGUUAGUCAUCGUUAUUGGGAAGCAGUGUCGGGAUGUUUCUGAGGAGGACGCGCUGGACUAUGUGCUUGGGUAUACGGUGGGCAAUGAUGUGUCGCAUAGGGAGUGGCAGUUGAAGCGCGGUGGGGGCCAGUGGGCGAUUGGGAAAGGGUUUGAUGGCUGGGCCCCGAUUGGGCCGGGCAUUGUGACGACGGCGGUGUUGCGGGAUGCGGCAGGGUUGAAGAUUCAGACUAAGUUAAAUGGGGAGGUGGUGCAGAAGAGUUCGACCGCAGAUAUGAUUUUUGAUGUAAGGCGGACGGUGUCGUGGUUGUCGAGGGGAUGUACGUUGGGGCCGGGAGAUUUGAUUUUUACGGGGACGCCUUCGGGAGUGGGCAUGGGCAGGAACCCGCCCUUGUGGCUCAAGAAUGGUGAUAAAGUCGAGGUGUCUCUUGAGGGAGUGGGAACUUGUGAAAACAGAGUUAUUUUCGAGGAACACUCAGCAAAGCUGUAG